CUUUCUCACCUCUCUGUUUCAACUCCCAGCAAAAACCAAAACAGAGCAGAAGUCAGAAAAACGACUCUUCAUUCGAACAAAUCUUUAUAAGAAAUCGAAUUCACAUCUUUUUCUAGAAACCCAGUGAGGUAACUCGAAUUAGCAUUAACCGGAGUUCUUUUUUGGUUUUCAUUUUCCGGCGAUUUUUUGCACUUCUGAGUUAUGAACAAUGAUGAGCUUAUUUUGGCGGAGAUGAGGCCAAAGAAGCGUGCGGGAAGGAGAGUGUUCAAGGAGACACGUCACCCAGUUUACAGAGGAAUAAGGCGGAGGAACGGCGACAAAUGGGUCUGCGAAGUCAGAGAGCCGACGCACCAACGCCGCAUUUGGCUCGGGACUUAUCCCACCGCGGAUAUGGCGGCGCGGGCUCACGACGUGGCGGUUUUAGCUCUGCGCGGGAGAUCUGCGUGUUUGAAUUUUGCAGACUCCGCUUGGCAGCUCCCGGUGCCGGAAUCCAAUGAUCCGGAUGUGAUAAGAAGAGUUGCGGCGGAAGCAGCGGAGAUGUUUAGGCCGGUAGAUUUAGGAAGUGGAAUUACGGUUUUGCCCUCUUUGGGAGAUGAUGUGGAUUUGGGUUUUGGUUCGGGUUCUGGCUCUGGUUCGGGAUCGGAGGAGAGGAAUUCUUCUUCGUAUGCAUUUGGGGACUACGAAGAAGUGUCCACGACGAUGAUGAGACUCGCGGAGGAGCCGUUAAUGUCGCCUCCGCGAUCGUAUACUGAAGACAUGACUCCUAGUAAUGUUUACACGGAAGAAGAGAUGUGUUAUGAAGAUAUAUCACUGUGGAGUUACAGUUAUUAAGUGGGACUCACUCACAUAUCUACUAUAUAUAUUAUAUAGUUUUUAAGUUAUUUAGGUCCUCUUGGCGAGUUAGAAGGUUCCUUGAUGGUAUAAUUUUGGAAUCUUUGUACCUAUAAAUUUAUAAACUUAUUGGGCUUUAUGAAUGUUAAUAUACAAUGGCUAUAGGCCCAAGUUGUAGACAUGCAAAUUUCCAAAAAGUGUAAUCUACUCGUAAUAGAAUUAAGGAGA